AUGGCUACUCAAGGACUCACAGAAGCUGCUGGCUUCAGCUACUGCCCACUCAAUGAGGACCGGAACGAGAUCCGGGUCCUAAACCUGCAGACGAUUGAACGACCACCUCUUGUCAAGCUUCGCGAUGAGCCAUCUGAAUGGCACGGCCUUGUUCAUUGCACGAUCGAGCAUGUUUCCCUCGAUGCACACCUGCCAGACUAUAGCGCCUGGUCAUCGCAGAUGCAGCCGCUGUCUCGGCGAAACAGUGACGAGCGCUGGCGACUGUUCUCAAAUGAGCGAUAUCGAUCUUUGAGUCCGACAAGAGUGAGCUCGCCUUUCGAAAGACCACGCGCACAUCCCCGCUACCAUCGCUAUUCAUGGGGCGACUAUGGAGCCCUAAGCUAUACAUGGGGAGACCAAGCCGUGAAAGCGCCCAUCAUCAUGAACGGCCAGGUUGUGCUUGUCGGUCAGAGCUUAGAGGCGGCCCUUCGGGCCUUGUCCUCAGAUCCAGAUUAUAUUGACGGUCUGAAAAUUUGGGCUGAUGCAAUCUGCAUCAAUCAGAAAGAUCUGGCCGAGCGGAAUCGUCAAGUCAAGCGAAUGCGCCUUAUAUAUGGCAGAGCGCUCAUUGUCUCAAUCUGGCUCGGCGACAUACCCAAUGAGGCUAUUCCCGACAUGGCUCAGCUUCACGAGUUGAUAGUCAAGUCAAAAGACAAGGUUGCAGCAUCUGAAGUGCUGGAAGCGGCAUUGUUGGACCCAGAGAAGAAAGAAACCAUCAGACGGGCCAUCGAUGUAGUUGUCAAGAAGACAUAUUGGUCUCGGAUUUGGGUGAUUCAGGAGAAAUGCCUUGGGCCUUUCAAUCCUUCUAUUCUUUUUGGGACGUUUCGAAUGGGUCUGGUGCCGCUGCAUAACUUCCUUCAAAGUGUUACGAACAUCCAUGGUGCUGUAAGGGCCCGUGAGAAAGUGUGGCGAAUAUUGAAGUUGGUUGAAUUGGUGACUGCGACUCAAGAGCGUGUUCGUCGCGGUCGAGCUCAGACGGACGAGGAGCGCAGGCAAGAUCAAGACGAUCUUGGACUUCUCUUAAUGAUUGGGAGAAUGGCAGGCUCACUCGACUUGAGAGACCGUCUGUAUGGGUUAAUGGGAAUGAUACCAGAAUAUGUGGCUAAACACAUCGAGCCGGACUACACCCGCAGUGUAGAAGAUGUUUUCUCCGACUUUGCCAGCGCUCUGAUUACUGGUUUCGAAUCUUUCGACAUCGUUCUCACUGGAACGACGGAAUCUACCCUCACGCUCCCUUCCUGGGUGCCGGAUUUGACAUCUCCGUGGGAUCCUUAUCUCUGGGGAACAGAUUGUAACGCCAGUUGGGGACAGAAAGCUGAUUUCCGGUUGGAGAAAGAUGGAAAGGUUCUCAUUACUAGAGGAUAUCUCGUUGAUGUGGUAGAUGGACUGGCGCCAUUCUUGGGUUGGAAGCACGGAGGACUUGGUGUAUGGCAAGAUGCCGUCCAGCCAGCAUCUGUCGAGAUGCCGAGCGAUCCCAAGGCCGCAAUCGUACGGACUCUUCAUCGAGCUGCGAUCUAUGACUGCGGUUCAGGAACAACCAUUCUCGAUAUUCCUUGGCUCGAAAGCCUGAGCCCCGACGAUCCAGACAUCAUGUCACUGGAAAAGCGUGGUUGGGGCAAAGUUCUCAGACACGCCAAUCUCAAUGAUUUAACCCAGUUCCGCAAGCAGGUCAACGCCCAUUUCCAACCUUGGGGUCGGAAAUUCAAGGAUUUCUUUCCUCGAGUCCAAGACGUCGGAGAUUGUACAGAUCCUAAGCCCUUUUUGGAAUCACUUGACAAGCAUGUCGGGAUCGUGUACCCGGUCUUCACCACGGAGAACGGUCUUUUCGGGACUGCAAUCCUUCAAAAAAUACGGAAGGGAGACUCAGUCUUCAUCGUCCCAGGUUGUUCAGCGCCCAUAAUCAUGCGACAUGAAAAUGAGGGAUGGCAAGUUGUCUCACAAUGCUUUGUCGAUGGUCUUAUGCGUGGGGAGAUCAAUGGUUUGGUGGCUGGCGGCGUGUGCAAAUUCACCGAAGUCCGUAUUAUCUAG